AUGAUGACCGCACGCUCCUAUCUCGUCUCUCGACACUCCUCCCACGCCUCUCCCCCCCCCCACGCGCACGCACAUACGCAAACACAAACACAGCCUCGUGCCCGCCAGUCCGAGUCACAACGCUCACAACGGCAGCAACCUCCUCUCCGUCCCAGCUUGCCCGCGGCUUUUGUCUCUCCCCCACAUACGACUGUCCCAAGACAUGACGAUCGACCUGUCGCCAUUGACCAGAGUAUUAGCCCCAACAACACCAGCAGCCAUCCCAACAGCACCGACACCAUGGCGCCCCGCGAGUCUGUAGUGCCCGCCCCCGCGAUGCCCGUCCAGAUUCCCACAAAGAAGGGCUCCCGGGACGGCUUGGCACAUGCCCCCCAUCAUCAUCAUCAUCAUUAUCAUUAUCAUCAUCAUCAUCAUCAUCACAAACCGCACCGCCGGUAUGUCGACCACGACCACAACUUCGCAGCCCGCCACCGUCGUCCGAGAGAUGUCGUUUCACCCGACUCCAUCCCGCCUUCUGUGGCCGCCUUGCUGGCCGUUACGAGCAUCCCUCCUCCGAAGUCUGCUCGGGGCGUGCGCCAGACGAAGGCCGACAAGCGCAUGACGGUCGAUUCCAUCAUUGAGCGCGCCCAGGAAUCCGAAAAGGAGCUCAGCCGCAAGCUCAGCAAGAGCCCUCUGGACAUCCUGCUGACCCCUCCGGAGGACCUCGAGCCCGACGAUGCGUCCGUUACCGACAGCACGCCUGGCUCUCUGUCAACUCGUGCUGUCUCGCUUGAGUCUAUCCCCUCGCUCUGCACCUCCUUUACCCCUGAGACCAUGUCUUCCCUGGAGAGCCCGCGCACUCCCGUGGAGCGCAGGCGCCGAGUUCAGCCAAAGCGUCGCUCCCUGGAGCCCGUCUCGUCCCCUCCUGGCGAACCGGAGUGCCAUCCGCUCUACUUGCCCGAGGAUGACAUCGAGGAGUUGAACCUCAGCCUCCCUGCCGAGCGCAGGGAUGACGAAGCUACUGAGAAGAAGCCAUCCCGGCUGACGUUCAAACCCCUUAAGUCAGCCCUGAAGUCAAACCUGACUGCCUCGCUGCGCGCGCUGAAGCAGGCUGCCCGCACAGUCUCGACGCUAAACUUCUCAUCCAUCCCUCCAGACGACUUCAUCACCCGGUCUCUCCUCACCAUGGACAAUAAGGUUCCUUACACCGACGAGCGUAGGCCGCCCCUGCUCGAGGAGGAACCGACGGCUGCCCUGCGACGCUACCUUAAUCCCACGUCGAGCGCGCGUUUCGAGAAAGCCCCCUCGCUCGCUUCCGGCCCGGCGCUGCGCACGUUUACAGCUUCUAUUCAGAUGCAGACUUACCGCGUUCAGCGUGCUCCUGCCUCCUCAACACCCGGCCAGUCGUCGUCUCUGCCAUCCGUCGGCCCCGCUUCAGCUGCUACCCAGGCCGCCGCCCAAGUUUCUCAGCCGAAGCCUUCCGCUGUUCACUAUCCCAUGCCCGGCCCCCGCCAGCGCGAGGUGCGCGAGAACCCAGACUUCAUCCGCAUUGCUGUCAUGGAAAUGGCCAUGCGUCGCAACGGCAAGCUCGACGAGAACCGCCCGGGUCGUGCCCGCUGGGCCCUGCCGCCACGCAAGCCCAGCACCAAGCCCUACGAGAUUGGGCCGGAUGGGGUUCCCACUCGGUGGGUGCCUAUCAGUUGCUACACGUGA